UUUGCUUCAUCCUAACUUCUCUCUUGAAUUUUUCUUUAACGGGUUCUAAUACAAUAAUAAUAGUUUAAUACCCAUUAAUUAUGUUUUAGUUUGAUCUCUGUUUGAAUUUGUUGUUUUAAAUAUAUAAAAGUUUUCUUGAAUUUUUGAUUUGGUUCAAUUUGAUUCCAUUUUUGAUGUAAUUUGAAAGAACAACUCUGUUAUUUGGUACUUUUUGUUGAAAGAAUUACAUACUCGUAUGACUUAAUUUCAAUGAGGAGUGGCCGCCUGGCAGGGUUCAGCCGCUCAGUUAGGUGAACCCACAAUAUGCCCACAGCCCACUCUAGUUUGACCCUAGAAAAGAACACCCAGGUGCCAGGGUGCAAUCCGUCAUUAAUUCCAUUUUCCAGUCCGAACCUUCAACGACGGCCCAUUCAAUUCAUCCUCCUUCUUUGACCGACCGCCUCUCCCUCACGCACUACACUAAUACUAUAACUGUAAUAAAACAAUUCAAAUCACGCGGAGUAUGGUAUAUUUACGUAUGCAACCGAUUGAAGAAUGUUCAUCCGUUACUUUAAUUCUAAUCUCGAUAAUCUGAUACAUUAGUCCUUUUCCUCCACGUUGACUCGUCGCUAAUUGCUAAGUUGUUGCGGGCCGCAAUCACGCACGUGGUUUCUGGGACGGCGGAGAUGGUGACGGAGGCGCAUUUGUUGGAAUGCCUGGUUCCGUCGUGGUGGGAGGUGCAGGUCACCGUUUUCGCUGCGGCCUUCUUCAUCUUCACGUACUGGUUUUUCACUCUCGGCGGAAACGCCGGCUUUGACGAUCGCGGCUCCGCCGGCGACUUUUCCAGCGCAGGUGAAGAUAGAGAUAAGGUCAGUUUUGAAUUCGGUUUGAGUUCUCAUUUUGACCGUUUUUUGUUUAUACGGUGGCGACAAAGUGGGUUUUUAAUUGCAUAGUUGGGUUACGUACUUACAAUUCCACCAGCGACGUCGGUUUUGUUUGCAUAUCUUUUUUUGUUAAACAAUUUGAUCGGUGAAAUGGCGGUCACGCUUUAACUUCUUAAUAAUUCGAUCAUUGCCGAUCGUCUUCAGCACCUCGGAGUUACUGCAAAUCAAACUACACCAUCAUGCAGUAACUCCACAUCCCUAGUGAUUUUCUACCCUACUGGUAGAGAAAUUCUACUAUUUAGCACUUGGAACUUAUGUCUAUGACUUGGUCAGUCCUAUAAUUUCACUCACUUGUCCAGUUGUCCUAUAAUUUAUAUUACUUCCGUCCCACUAUACAUGGACAAGUUUGUAUUAGCUAUGAAAUAAGAAAAGUAAAAAUUAGUUGGUUGAGACUUAUAGAGAGGAGAGAGAGAGGAAUCAUACCCACAAAUCAUUUUCUUUUAGUUAAAGUGUCAAAGUUUUUGGGACAAAUAGAAAAUGAAAGUUGAUGAAGUUUAGUGAGUCGGAUAUCCGUAGGAAAGCACACCAGAAUCCAGUGACAUUUUCUGCCGGUAUUGUGGUGAAAAAGUACUGAUUAUGGUCAAACUUAUUAGUUACAGAGUACAUGAUAUGAUAUGAGUAAAAACUACAUCACCAAUAAUGGAUUCAUGCAUAGUUACUAAGUCAGCCGUUUACUCUUAGAGUUAUUAUAGAGGAUUCUGAUUUGUUUUGUGCUUUGAUGCUUUCAUUAGUAAAGGUCCCAGGAAAGAGUCUGACCACCACCAUUAUUAAAGUUCCAAAUUUGAACUGUUCUGGAUAAGUGUGACCUUUAUUGUAAUUUGGUAUUCCAUAUACCUAUGCUUUCUUGCACUUUAUUCAAUACACCCCCUUAAAUUAUAUGCAAUCAUCCAACAAACUUUUAAGGAGUACAUAGAUAGACGCUACCGCCUUCACGUUCUCGUUUUCAAGCAUGAGGGUAAUAUUUCCUUAUUGAACGUGUAAUGUAAUUAAGAUCAGCCAGUUGAAAGAUGGUUUCCAAGGUACUUCCGUAUUCAUUGUUAAGGUUGAACUGCUAGCAGCUAAGAAUCUUGUUGCUGCUAAUCUGAAUGGCACGUCAGAUCCAUAUGCAAUCAUUUCUUGUGGCACACAAAAGCGUUUCAGUUCAAUGGUUCCUGGUUCAAGAAAUCCUAUGUGGGGAGAGGAGUUCAACUUUUCUGUUGAUGAACUUCCUGUAGAGAUCAAUGUUACAAUACAUGACUGGGAUAUAAUCUGGAAAAGUGCAGUUCUUGGCUCAGUGACUGUUCUAGUUGAAAAUGAAGGCCCCACUGGAGCCAUUUGGCAUCCAUUGGAUAGUCCAUCGGGGCAGGUGUGUCUUCAUAUCGAGACUAUAAGAUCCAAUGUAAAUUCUUUUAGAGGUUUGAAGGACUUUGGUGAUGCUCAUACUCGGAAGAGAAUUAAUUUGGAAAAUGAGGGGCCAACUGUAGUUCACCAGAAGCCAGGACCAUUGCAAACAAUAUUUGAACUCCCUGCAUAUGAGGUUGUUAAACAUAGUUACUCCUGUGCACUUGAGAGGUCUUUUUUGUAUCACGGGCGCAUGUAUGUCUCCUCAUGGCACAUCUGCUUCCACUCAAAUGUAUUCUCAAAGCAAAUGAAGGUAGUCAUCCCGUUUGGUGAAAUAGAUGAGAUUAGGAGGAGUCAACAUGCAUUUAUUAACCCUGCUAUCACAAUUAUUCUCCGUGUGGGAGCGGGCGGCCAUGGUGUGCCACCUUUAGGAAAUCCAGAUGGUAGGGUAAGGUAUAAAUUUGCUUCAUUUUGGAACAGAAACCAUGCACUGCGGGGUUUGCAGCGUGCAACAAAAGAUUAUCAUUCAAUGUUAGAAGCUGAGAAGAAGGAGAGGGAACAUUCAGCACUACGUGCACACAGCAGCUCUAUCAAGGGUGGUAAUCAAUUAGCUGAGAGUCCAAAGGCAAGUGUGCCAAAGGCACAUAAGUUCCAACCAUUUGUAAAAGAGGAAGUGCUUACUGGUAUAUAUAAUGAUGUUUUCCCAUGCAACGCUGAGCAAUACUUUGAAAUACUUUUGAGCGAUGGUUCAAAUUUCACACAAGAAUAUCGUGCAGCAAGAAAGGAUUCAAGUCUCACAAUUGGUCAAUGGCAUUCUGCUGACGAAUAUGAUGGUGAAGUUAGAGAACUUAAAUUCAGGUCUCUUUGCAACAGUCCAAUGUGCCCACCAGAUACAGCCAUGACAGAAUAUCAGCAUGCUGUUCUUUCUUCUGAUAAAAGAAAGCUGGUGUUUGAGACUGUACAGCAGGCACUUGAUGUCCCAUUUGGAUCCUAUUUUGAGAUUCAUUGUAGGUGGUCGUUGGAAACUAUUUCUGAAUCCUCCUGCUCCGUGGUUAUAACCGCUGGUGUACAUUUUAAGAAAUGGUGUGUUAUGCAAUCUAAAAUCAAGACUGGUGCAAUCAGUGAGUAUAAAAAGGAAGUGGAGUUAAUUCUAGAUGUGGCUCGUUCAUAUAUCAACACUCCCAAAAGUUCUGCAGUGGAGAACAAUACUUCAGCAUCUUCACCACCAAUUACUGAGUAGUUUUGACAAGUUCAAAUAUACACACACACACACACACGGAAAGAGCUACGCACAUUUUAAUUUAUUGUAAUUUAUUGUUCUCUUUGAAUCCAUAGUGGUUUGUAUGUUAGGCACGUCCCUAAACAGUAACAGCUGCUUGACCUUAUGGUGAUCCUUUUCAUUUAUCCUUUUAUGUUUUACAUACUCUAGUAGAGAGAAGCGUCACCCAUGUUUUUUUAUUUUAAUGUCGAGCUAUUCAACAGUUUUUGUUUGAUUCUCAGUAUACUAUCCUUUCAAAUAUAAGGACAAAAUACAAUUUUGGUCGUGUAACUAACUAUUGGUAUAAUACACUUUUUUUUCCUG